AUGUCUCAAGCAAAUAAAAAUAUAGGAGGUAAACCACCUGCAAGUAUUUGGGAUAUCCAUAUUAAAAAAGGCAAAGAAAUUUCUAAAGGACAUUAUCAAGAAACUUGCAAUUAUUGUUCUUACUUUAAACAUAAAGGUUCUCCCCAAGACUUUGAAGAACAUUUGGCUAACAAUUGUCCUAAUGUUCCAAGCAAUAUUAAGCAAACAUAUUUAACCAAAGUUCUAAAAAGAUCUAAAAAUCCAAGAGCAGUAUCUAUUAAAAAUAUUUAUCAAACAAAAAUAUCUGAGUUUAAUGAAAGUUCUAAACUUACAUUAGAAAGAACUAAUGAAAUUAAUAAAGCUUGUGUUAAAGCUUUUGUAAUAUGUGGCAUAUCGUAG